ACCAAUUUCUGAAGUUGUUUAGUUUCAACCUCUAGCCAUUGGAUCAUGUUAUAUCUUUUGUCUAUUCCUGUGACAUUUCCCCCCCUUCCAGAGUUCAGUCGGCAUCUGAAAGAGCGAAUGCAUCACAAUAUCCCUCACCGUUUUAAUGUGGGGCUAAAUAUGAGAGCAACAAAAUGUGCAGUGUGUCUGGAUACUGUGCACUUUGGACGUCAAGCAUCUAAAUGUCUUGAAUGCCAGGUGAUGUGUCACCCAAAGUGUUCAACAUGCUUGCCAGCUAUGUGUGGACUGCCUGCCGAAUAUGCCCCACACCUUUCUGAAGCCUUCUGUUGGGACAAACUGAACUCUCCAGGACUUCAGCUGAAGGAGCCAAGCAGCGGUUUACAUCUGGAAGGAUGGAUGAAGGUGCCAAGCAAUAAGCAGCGUGGACAGCAGGGCUGGGACAGGAAAUUCAUUGUCCUGGAAGGAACUAAAGUGCUAGUUUAUGAUGCUGAAGUAAGAGAAGUUCGCUUGUUGGAGCGCCCCCAGUACGGCUGUUAUGUGGCCCAGGUGUUGCUCCCAGGACCUGCUAAAGAUAAUAAUGUCAUCUAUGUAAGCCGCAGCAUACUCUUGGUGGUCCCUCAGGACAUGGUCCAUCAGCCUUUGAAAGGUGGCCGCGGCCCCAUGUAA